GUGUAUUCACUAACCACUGGCUGCUGCUCCAUUUACUCCACCGUAUCGACCCCCUGCUUCCCGCUCAUAAAACUCGCCACCCCAAGCAGAGCGGGCAAGCGCCCGGCAACAAGCCAGCCAGGAACCGCCACUCCUCUCGCAUGAAUUAGCUUCAAGGACGAGCGAGAGAGAGAGAGAGAGAGGAUAGCCAUUCUUGUGCAGGCAAGAAACCAAAGAAAGGCGAAGGCUGCCUGCUUGUCGCCUGCUCCUCGGAGGUGCAUGAGGAAGGGGGGAGCGGCUGUCGGGGCGGCGAUGGUGGGGAGGGAGGCGGCGGUCGCGGCGGUGGCUGCGGAGCUGGAGGACUCGGCGGGGAAGGCGGCGGGGGCGGCGGCGCCCGCGCUGAGCCCGCUCAGCGAGACGCUGUGGCGGGACAGGGCGGCGGCGGGCGGGGUCCUCCUCGGUGACGUGUCGGCGCGACUGGCCUGGCGGGACCUCGCCGUCACCGUCGCGCUCGGCACCGGCGACACGCAGGCCGUGCUGCAGGGCCUCACGGGCCACGCCGAGCCGGGCACCAUCACGGCGCUCAUGGGGCCCUCCGGCUCCGGCAAGUCCACGCUCCUCGACGCGCUCGCCGGGCGGCUCGCCGCCAACGCCUUCCUCUCCGGGACCGUCCUCCUCAACGGACGCAAGGCCAACCUCUCCUUCGGCGCCGCGGCCUAUGUGACGCAAGAUGACAACCUUAUCGGCACAUUGACGGUUCGGGAGACGAUCUCAUACUCGGCGCGCCUCCGUCUCCCUGACAAGAUGCCCUGGGAGGAGAAGCAGGCCCUGGUAGAGGGCACCAUCAUCGAGAUGGGGCUGCAGGACUGUGCCGACACGGUCGUCGGCAACUGGCACCUGAGGGGCAUCAGUGGUGGUGAAAAGAGGAGGGUCAGCAUUGCCCUUGAGAUACUGAUGAGGCCCAGGCUGCUCUUCCUGGACGAGCCAACCAGUGGUCUCGAUAGCGCUUCAGCAUUCUUCGUGACACAGACACUGCGUGGGCUGGCGAGGGACGGCCGGACGGUCAUCGCGUCCGUGCAUCAGCCGAGCAGUGAGGUGUUCACGCUCUUUGACUGUCUGUAUCUUCUAUCGGGAGGGAAAACUGUCUACUUUGGGAAGGCCUCUGAGGCUUGUGAGUUCUUCGCCCAAGCUGGUUUCCCGUGCCCACCAAUGCGCAACCCCUCGGAUCAUUUUCUCAGGUGCAUAAAUUCGGAUUUUGAUAAGGUGAAGGCCACUCUGAAAGGAUCAAUGAAGACGAGAUUUGAAAGGUCUGAUGAUCCGCUCGAGAAAAUCACAACUUCGGAGGCAAUGAGGAGGCUGAUCAACUACUACCAGCACUCACAGUACCACAUCAAUGCGCAGCAGAAAGUAGAUGAGAUGGCCCGGGUUAAAGGAACAGUGCUGGACUCAGGAGGGAGCCAAGCUAGUUUCGCAAUGCAGGCGUUCACACUCACGAAGCGAUCAUUCAUCAACAUGUCAAGGGAUUUUGGAUACUACUGGUUGAGGCUUAUCAUCUACAUCGUCGUGACACUCUGCAUUGGGACUAUCUACCUAAAUGUUGGCACUGGAUACAGCUCCAUUCUGGCUCGGGGCGCAUGUGCUUCCUUCGUAUUUGGCUUUGUCACAUUCAUGUCGAUUGGAGGGUUUCCAUCGUUUGUCGAGGACAUGAAGGUCUUUCAAAGGGAGAGGCUCAAUGGGCACUACGGUGUGCUGGCGUUUGUCAUCAGCAACACGCUGUCAGCGAUGCCGUUCCUGAUCCUGAUCACCUUCGUGUCGGGCACGCUGUGCUACUUCAUGGUGCGCCUCCACCCGGGCUUCAUGCACUACCUCUUCUUCGUCCUGGCCCUCUAUGCCAGCGUCACUGUUGUCGAGAGCCUGAUGAUGGCCAUUGCCAGCGUGAUCCCCAACUUCCUCAUGGGCAUCAUUAUCGGCGCAGGGAUUCAGGGCAUAUUCAUGCUUGUAUCAGGCUACUUCAGGCUUCCACAUGAUAUCCCAAAGCCUUUCUGGAGGUACCCCAUGUCAUAUAUCAGCUUCCACUACUGGGCAUUGCAGGGCCAGUACCAGAACGAUCUCAAGGGCCUGGUGUUCGACAACCAGGACGACGAGCUGCCCAAGAUCCCCGGGGAGUACAUCCUGGAGAACGUGUUCCAGAUCGACGUGAACCGGUCCAAGUGGCUGGACCUGGCCGUGCUGUUCAGCAUGAUCGUCAUCUACCGCCUCCUCUUCUUCGUCAUGAUCAAGAUCAGCGAGGACGUGACCCCCUGGGUGCGCGGCUACAUCGCGCGGCGGCGGGUGCAGAACCGGCGGCAGCGCAAGGUGGAGCUGGCCGCCCGGUCGCCGUCGCUCCGCGGGUACGUGGUGGACGUGGCCAGCCUGCCGGCCGACCACCCCUGAAGCAACGCCGUGCAGGAGACCUGAAGAAUGUGGUGGGCGACACAAAAGGCGAAGCUAAACCUAAACUGUACCGUACUGUGAUAAGAAUGCGUGUUGUUAUAGUAGCAACUGCAUGCUUGAAGCUGUAUUGGAGUGUUCUUUGAUGGACUACUAAGAUCGAUGUAUAUCAGCAGCUGGAUGCAUGGUUUGGUCUCUUCUCUUUUUUUUCAA